AUGCAUACGUUGAUUUCUUCAAGUGACGAAUUGAUUAACAGAAACAGUGAACCGAUCAACGUUUCUAUACCGCAGACAACCAACGAGUUGCCCGCGCCAUCUCCUCGACCGCCUCCACGCUGCAUCUCACUCGAGCCGAAGACCGACUCGACCGCACCAUUACCUGUUGUGAUCAGAGAAGUGCCUAGUGAACUUCGGACUUGGAAAAUCACUCGCGAAGGACUUGUUGAAGUCAAUUCUGGAACAAUGGGAGCUUUUUUGGAUAAACCAAAAACAAACAAAAGCAAUAUAACUGGAGAAGGAAAGGACAUCCGCUAUGCGAUCGCCAGCAUGCAAGGAUGGAGGAUUGACAUGGAAGAUGCUCAUGUUGUCGAAAUUUCGAUGGCUGACAAAGAACCAUUCAAGGAUUGGGCGUUUUUUGCCGUGUUUGAUGGUCACGCAGGAAAUGUUGCAGCUGAACAAUCGGCUGAGCACAUUUUGAAGACACUUCUCGAAACCAAAGAGUUCGAUGACGUUAGACAAAUCCUUUGCGAGAACGGAAGCAAGCUGAAUGAGCGAUCGAUUGAGCUUUUGGAAAGUGGAAUGAAGACUGGAUUCAUGGCCCUCGAUAACAUCAUUCGAUCGAGGCGGGGGUGUGACUUUUCGAGUCUUUUCACGGAUGGAUCAUCAAUCAUUGAAUUAGCCGCAAAAGAAACUGAUAGAUCGGGAACGACAGCUGUUUGUGCCAUUCUUACCCCUACCCACAUCAUUAUUGCAAAUCUUGGUGACUCGCGUGCUGUGGUUUCUCGGGCUGGAGAGUCAUCAAUCGGUACUGAAGAUCAUAAGCCAUACUUAGAGAAAGAGCGAGAAAGGAUUGUUGGCGCUGGAGGAUCAGUGAUGAUUCAACGCAUCAAUGGAAGCUUAGCUGUCUCUAGGGCUCUUGGAGAUUUUGAUUACAAGGCCGUUCCCGGUCUUUGCCCAACGAAGCAACUCGUCAGCUGUGAGCCAGAUAUUUAUGUGAUUCCGAGAAAGCAGGAUUUGGAUCAAUUCAUGGUAUUGGCAUGUGAUGGAAUUUAUGAUGACCGCCUCCAAGUUUCCCCGAAGCUUGAAGAUGUUUGCAAUCAGGUGCUUGAUGCUUGUCUGCACCGUGGUUCCCGUGACAACAUGACUAUCAUCUUGAUUUGCUUUCAAAACGCGCCCAAAUUGGACGAGGAGAAGAGAGAAAAAGAAGAAACAUGGGCCGUCGACAUGCGGCAAAAAUUCAAGGUUCUCCGUCGCCUUUCAGCCAAGGUGGAAACAGAUACUGGACCUGCUCCUCACCGUCUGCGCACCAUUAUUGAUCAGGUGCUCACGGAGAAGGGCAUCACUCACGAUCAU